CUCGAAGCUCUCCGUCUGUCUUCUACGAUGUGGACUGAAGAAGAUGACCAAACACUACUUCGAUAUGGUUGGGCCUUUCCUUGCUUCAUGGAAACGGUCAGUAUGGCCAUGAACAGGAGACAUACGGCUCAGGAGUGCAAGGAACGCUAUAUGCAUCUUGCCGGAAUUGUGCAGCCGCCGCUGCCGAUCGUACCACCGGCGAUACCACAACAUAAGCCUAAGAAGGAAGGGAAGCCCACAUGCAAAUUUUACCACUAUGGCCUGGGGAUUUGUAAAAAGGGCGACAAAUGUGAAUUCCGGCACUACGAGACUCUUCCGCGAAACAGAACGGCUCCUCCGCCUCCUGUUUCUAAAUUUGAAGAGAUGGUGAAGUCUUCACUUCGUGGUGAUGAAGACUUAUUCUUGGCUUUUAAGGAAGUGUGUUGUCGGUAUCAACAUGGUGUUAUUGACAUCACCACUUUCUUGAACUAUCUACAAGAUUUAGGUCUAUCACAUAUCUUGAUAGAUUUAGCUAGGGUUUUCACUAAUCCUCAAAAGCAGACCGAAAUCAUUGAAGCCUACAAGAAUCAGAUUGCUAAACAAGUUUCUAAACCGGAGGUGAUUGAAAAGAACCAAGACAAGAAACAUAAAAGCUGCAAACCGGUGAUUGAACCAGCUGUUUACUUGAGUAGAGAUGAUAACGCAAAACAGGAGAUGAUUGGAAUGGACUACCUAAAACAAGACUGGAAACAUAAAAGCUGCAAACCGGUGAUUGAACCAGCUGUUUACUUGAGUAGAGAUGAUAACGCAAAACAGGAGAUGAUUGGAAUGGACUACCUAAAACAAGACUGGAAACAUAAAAGCUGCAAACCGGUGAUUGAACCAGCUGUUUACUUGAGUAGAGAUGAUAACGCAAAACAGGAGAUGAUUGGAAUGGACUACCUAAAACAAGACUGGAAACAUAAAAGCUGCAAACCGGUGAUUGAACCAGCUGUUUACUUGAGUAGAGAUGAUAACGCAAAACAGGAGAUGAUUGGAAUGGACUACCUAAAACAAGACUGGAAACAUAAAAGCUGCAAACCGGUGAUUAAAGAAGAUGGUAGCUCGAGUAGAGGAGAUAAGGCAAAACAACAGGAGGUGACUCGAAAGGACAACAUGAAACAAGAGAAGAAACAUGAAAGCUACAAACCGGUGAUUGAAACACCUGUUUACUUGAGUAGAGGAGAUAAGGCAAAACAACAGGAGGUGACUCGAAAGGACAACAGGAAACAAGAGAAGAAACACAAAAGCUUCCAACCGGUGAUUAAAGAAGAUGGUAGCUCGAGCAAAGGAGAUCACGCAAAACAAGUUGAUUGAAGAAAGCCAUAAAGUCCUUUCUUUUUCCAGAGAUAGUUUCUUGCUCUUUUGUGUUCUUCAAAAUAUCUCAUUUUGCUGGUUUUUCUCUUUAAGUAGUAGAUGAUUUCUUGUCUCUUUUAAAACAGAUUUUGCUAACUCUGUGAGUCUGUGUCUAUAGUAGAUAAUUCUUUCACGGUUCAUUCUCUAAAA